AAAAUUAACGGUUUGGAUCUCUGCACUGUUCAAAAUCGGCAAAAUCUUGUCCGUCCAUUAGAACAAGCACAUACCUCUAAUAUUUGAAUUCGUAACGGUGAAACGGUCUGGGAGCGUUGAAGGUCGGCGAGGGGAUACGAAUGGAAUGGCGUUUCACCAGAAUGGACGCCAUUUUCCAAAUUUCUCGUGCACGUCAAAUAAAUGUUGAAGAUCAAUUCUUUUACAGAGUGAAGUCAUUUGGAAGCUGUACGUGAAACGCGCAUGGCCUGGGAAGAAAAACCUGUGUAAAGAGGAAAUAUUGCAGGGCGUUUAUUAGAUGAAGUGUGAUCGAGUGGUGAUGGCGCCCGCAAGAGCAAAGAGGAAUGCGAGUCCACAGCAGGCCAGUUUGGAGCUGAAGCAGCGAGUGAUUCAAGUCCUCAACAAGUUAGCAGAUCGCGACACUUACCAGAUUGCCUCACAGCACCUCGGAAAAAUUGCGGAGACGUUAAGUCCAGAGGGUUUGGGUCCGUUUCUGUCUUGUAUUUUCGAGACGGAUUCGCAGCACAAGAGCAUUGUGCGGCGAGAAUGUGUUAAAGUGUUUGCGACCGUGGCCGCCUCCCAUGGAGAGCUUCUGCUGCCUUUUCUGCCCAAAAUGGUCGGAAAUAUUAUCCGGCGGCUCAAGGAUCCCGACUCAAAUGUCCGAGAUGCAUGCGUGGAUGUGAUUGGGGUUCUGGCGUCCAAAAUCUUGCAUUCAUUUUCUGUGUUGGUGAAGCCGUUGUGUGAAGCGCUGGCUGAACAGAACCGCCAAUUGCAGGUCGGCUCUGCUUUGUGUCUCGCCACUGCUAUUGACAACGCACACGAACCCCCGCUUCCUACUUUGCAGAAAAUUCUGCCUCGGAUUAUCAAACUGCUCACUUCUCAUGCCUUUUUAGCUAAUGCCGCUUUGCUUACAGUCAUUGGGAGCAUUGUUCAGGCAGGAGGAGCAUCGUCCCAGCAAACAUUAGCUGUACUUAUACCUUGCAUGGUAGAUACUCUGCAAAGUAAAGACUGGGCAACUCGUAAAGCGGCAGCAGAGGCUUUUGGACGUGUGGCACUGAGACUCGGUCCUUUACUAUCAUCCUUCAAAGCAUCCUGUGUUGCAGCUCUGGAGUCAUCUCGCUUUGACAAGGUGAAACCAGUGAGGGACACUGUUGUACAGACAUUGCAAAUUUGGAAGAGUAUUCCUGAUGCUGAAAUUUCUUCACCUCUUACUGCAAAAGGAUCAACAACGAAAGAGAAAUUGAGCAAAGAACCCUUUUCCACAGAUAUCAAAUCUGGUAGUCGCGCUAGACUCCAAUCUACUUUUCUCAGAAAAAAAGGCAGUGCUGUAACCAAAUCUGCAAUUGAUUGUAUUAGCACCGCAAAGAAGAGGACAAUAACUGGCUCUAAGAUAAAUCAGAGUCUGCCUCGUAAGCUGGAUUGUAAACAAACGGACGAUUGGCACGUUGAGGUAGCGAUUCCAAGGAAUUGCCUUCCGAUGUCCGUUAUUCGCAAUGAAGAAUUCAAUAAUAGCAACUUCUCAGAUGUAUCAGGAGAGAAUGCAAGACCUUCAAAUACAGAUGAUACAUAUAGAUUCGGAGAUUCUGAGACAUUUGGUAAAAUGGGCACUCCAAGGUUGUCAGAUGAGAGCAGGGCUAGUUGUGAAACAAAAUGCAUCCUUGUUGAUGAUGCUUUUGAAGGAAAAUCAUCUAUACACAAAACACCAAGCAGCAAUCUUACAUCAGAGCUAACUUCUCUUCAUAGUCAUCCUUUAGAUAAGAACAACAUGGACAAACAACAUUCUGAUAGCUUAGUUUCCGAAUCAAACACCGGACACAGCACAAAUUUUGCAGGUGAGGCCACUUCACGUACUGCUGAAGACUUGGCAUUCAUUCGUAAACACUUAUCACAGAUUGAAAAUCAGCAGUUGAGCUUAAUGGAGCUUUUGCAGGUCUUUAUGGGAAGCACAUCGGAUAGCAUAUCUGCAUUGGAAACAAGGUUAAAUGGUUUGGAAAAGAUUGUGGAUGAAAUCGCUCAAGAUCUUGCAAAUUCACCAGGUAGAAUUGGAAGCGGAGACAAGUGUCGUAGAUCUCUUAAUGCUGACAUGUUAAGGUCCAAGUUUUGGAAGAGAAAUGAACGCACAUACCCAUCUUCAAGGCAUGGUUCAUCUGAUACUAUUCCAUCCAUACAUAAGUUUGGGCGAGAAGCAUUGCACAAAUCUGACUUUACUUCCACAGAUUCACAGGAGAAUUCUAUUUAUGGAAGUUUGCAAAGGACUUUUAUGGUGAAGCCACUUGUUGAUGCUUGGGACAUUUCUUAUAGGGGUGAUGUUGAUUCAUUUCCAGAUAGUGUUGUGAGGGAUAUGCCAGAAAAAGUUAAAGCAAAUCAGUUACUGCCCAGAGCAUUGGACAGAACUACAUGGAAAGAAAAUUUUGCCAACGAUUCUUUAGCCAGAGGCAAUUGGUUGGCUUCAAUGAAUAAAUUUUCUUUGUCUGGGACAUGUUUUACAGCAAAAGAUACACAAACAGAGGUAACAGAUGUUGGAAGUUCAAGAAUAAAACUAUCAGGCAAUGUUAAUUUUUGGAGUGUUUGGACACGAGCUGUAGAUUAUAUUUGUGCUAAGGAUAUAGAUGCAGCGUUUGUGGAGGUCUUGCAUUCUGAAGAUGAUCUAUUAUUGAUUCAACUCAUGAAGCGAACUGGACCUGUUCUUGGGAAUCUAUCACAGGUGACAACCCUUGAAAUUCUUCAAACUGUCUUGAGGCUUUUGCUAGAUCAAAAGUUUUUGGACACCAUAAUUCCUUGGCUUCAACAGAUGGUUGACCUGAUUUAUAGUAAUGGCUCUGAUUACUUUGGUCUGUCUCACGAGGAAAAGAUGGAAACUUUAUGUGUACUACAGGAAGCAUCAUCCAUACAGUUCUCUGAUCUUUCUAGUUGGAGCUCAGUAGUGCAGAUUGCAUCCAUGUUGACAAAUGCUUGGACCUCAGAUUUAAGAUCCAUGCAUACGCAAAAAUAGUUCUGCUUGAAGGAAAUGGAAAAGCCUGUCGUGUGGAUUAAUAUUCAGAGUAUGCUAGCAGUUUCUUCUUAUGCAGACUUCAAUUUACCUAUAGUCCUAUGAUUCCAGUUUAUUUCGUUGUACGAGUCUAUUUUUCAUUAUCACCAUUUUAUGUUCAACUUCAUAGGAGGUUUCUUUCUCAGGAACCUCGAAUUUUGAGUUUUCAAGCUAGUUGCUCUGAAAUGAUGGUUGAAAAUGUUAUCAAUUGCAGUUAAAUGAGAGUUCACUGCAAUAUUCUGCAACAGAGUAUGUGCUAUUGAGUUAUGUUAACACCA